UGCAAAUCUCCUACAGCACUCUAUGUCAAGCAAGCAUCAAUGCGUACAAGUGUUCUUGCAAUCCGGUCCGCCAAAUCUUCUUGGGACUGCCUCCAUGGUAGCAUUGCUCAUGAUAGUUCUUUCUUCGUGGAAUGGUCAAAGGGCGCUGUCGCAAUGCCGAUUUACGCCACCCGACGAGAGUGAUAGCGAGGGUAUAAAUACAGCAGUUCGAACCCUCUGCGAGUUCAAUUUCUGUCUCAUUAUCGUGCACCUUGAUCAUUCCAAUCCCCUGGUUCAGAACAAGAGAAAAUCAGACCGCAAGCACUGCUCAAACCGACUGCCAUAAUGUCUGUCGAGAAACGUCCCAACCCUUCAACUGAGAAGAUAUUCGACGAGAUUGCCGACGCGCUGCAGAACCGAUGUACGGUGCUGCUCUACAAGUGGCUCGCGGAGCGCAUUGUUUACGAAUCCAGGAUCGUCGGCCCCGAGGUGGACAAUCCGCCCUUUGGAGACGAGGCAGAAAACGUUCGCAAUCAUGGUGGCGGAUACCUAUUUGAAUGGCAGCGUUGGCUAAAAGCGAUCUACUUGGAAAUAUACGGUGACAACUUCUGGUAUUUCGGGCAACCUCCGCGGGCAAGCCUGCGGGAAUACAGUGGCUGGACUCUUGACAAAGGUGACGACGAUCAUCCCGAAAGAUCAGUACUUCGCGGGCAGUGUUGGCUAAAUCAAAUCCGCUUGCGCCAUCACGGUGAGGAGUUCCGGAACUUUACACAAGCUAACAGCAAAGACCUCCAGCCUCUGCAGGCGCGCGGGCGGGAAUACAGUUGCUGGGCUCUUGACGAAGGGGUCGAGCCAAUCUUCCACGUCAUUGGUAAGCCUGGAUCAGGAAAAUCGAUGCACGUGGAGGAUCUUAAAUAUUGGAAGGACAAAUACUAUUUUCGAAGCAACAGCUGGUUGGAAACCACCAAGCAAACACUGGAAGCAACAAUCUUCUUCCGCAAGUCCCAGCAAGAAGGACUUAGUGGCGAACAGAACUUUAAUGCCAUGAUUCGCGCCAUCCUCUCUGAGCUCUUACAGCGAGAGAACUAUAUUUGUUUUGCUCGGAAGCAAACAGUCCCAGAGCUGGCUCGCUUGCUGUUUCCUGGCAGGACAAAGAAAAUGCCCAGCCGACCCCUAGAGUUUUUGGAUGAGGAGUGCGUCGCCGCCUGGCAGGCCCGGUACCCAGGGACUACUUCAUAG